AUGUUUUCUGUUCCAGGUUGGUCGCUCGAUUCGACUUCACUCGUUCAGGAAAAGCCUACAUCCAAAAGCCACGCUCAGGUAUCUCCCGGGACCUCGAGUGCCACCUCGAACAAGAGGAAGCGUGCCCUUGCCCAUAGCGACCAGGCGUCCAAAGUCUCAGGGAGUGAGCUCGAGAGACUAUGGAACGAGCAGGCCGACACCAACCUUGCAAGAUCAAAGCCAAAGAAAGCGCAGGGAGGGGAGACCAACCACAAGAGGCAGGAGGCAGGGAAGCAGGACGUCCAGCGAUUGAAGCAAGACAAGAGCGGCGGUGACGAGGCCGCAGCAACAGAGAGGAAAAAGCGCAUCAAGAACAACGACAAGCACAGGCAGAAUCAAAGGGACAUUUCCAGUUCCAAACAACAGUCGGCGCAGAAGAAAGAAGACCGGACAUCGAAAGAAACUCAGCCACGACUGAGCAAUGGCAAUGCCGGAACCACCUCUUCCACACGGGACGAGGUUCUCAAGACCCUGCCACCAGCACCCCCGCCGCUCACGAAGUUGACAGCACUACAGGCCAAAAUGCGCAGCAAACUCACAUCAGCGCGGUUCCGUCACUUGAAUGAGACGCUCUACACGACCUCCUCGGCAGCAGCCUUCGACCUCUUUACAAGCUCACCGGACUUAUUCGCCGAGUACCACGCCGGCUUCUCCCAACAGGUCAAGGACUCCUGGCCCGUCAAUCCGGUGGAAAAGUACGUAGCCUCCGUUAGGCACCGCGGACGAUUACAAACCUCCGAUAAAGACACGAAACAGCGUCCUUUACGAGAAACACCGCUUCCUCGCCGCCCCAAGACCUCCCUCUGCACAAUUGCCGACCUAGGCUGCGGCGACGCCCCUCUUGCUCGCGGCUGUCAAUCGGUGAUAAAAUCUCACAAGCUCAGGUUUCACAAUUUCGACCUGCACGCGCCAAGCACUUUGGUCACGAAAGCCGACAUAUCGAGUUUACCUCUCCGCGACGGCGAGGUGGAUAUAGCAGUCUUUUGUCUCAGCUUGAUGGGCACGAAUUGGAUCAGCUUUGUGGAAGAGGCAUGGCGAAUACUCAGGGGUGACGGGAGGGGAGAGUGCUGGGUCAGUGAAGUGAAGAGCCGGUUCGGCAGGGUAGGCCGACGGAAGGGCGAAGCGGUUGACAAUAGCGUGGGUAAGAGGAGGAAGCAGCAGAAGCCGAAUAGGAAGGGGGUUGACGACGAAGAUGCUGCUCUUGGGGAGGAGAUUUAUGCCGAGGAUGCCACUGAAAAUGCUGGCCAUGAGACCGACAUCUCGGCCUUUGUGAAAGUCUUCACGCGCCGCGGCUUCCAGUUGCGCGAUGAUAGCGUGGACAAGUCGAACAAGAUGUUCGUGAGCAUGGCUUUCACAAAGUCCGGGAUUCCCACGGCCGGGAAACACAAGGGUCUGAAAUGGACUGGAAGAGAGUAUCAAACGGUCGAGCAGGGCAGGACCAAGAAGGGCGGUCCUGAAGAAGAGGUGACACCACAAGAAGAAGCAAAGGUGUUGAAACCUUGUGUUUACAAGACGAGGUGA